GGCCGGGCUGUGCCCUGGCAGGGGAGCGGCGCGGCGCCGGAGGGCUCGACGGCUCCGCACGGGGCACGGCCAUGCACAAGCCCAUGGAGAAGUCCCAAAACUUCCGCAUCGAAGCGCUCCUGGCCGAGGAGCCGGCGCGGAGCGCCUCCCCGCCGGGGCUGAGCCCCGGGAGCCCCGCGUCGAGCCCCGGUCCCGCCGGGCGCUCCGACACCCCCUCACCGCGGGCGCCCCCGGCCGCCGCGCCCCUCGUCCCGGCCGGCUUCGUGCCCAAGCCCGGCUUGCUGCACCUCUCUGGCCCCGGGCUCGGCGCCCUGCCGGCCCUGUACCCCCCCGCCGUGUACCCGCUCCCGACCCUGGGGGGCCAGCACCCCGCGUUCGCCUACACCGGCAUCCCGCACCUGCCGCCGCCCGGCGCCGAGCACCUGAAGGCGGCCGUGGCCGGCUCCUUCCCGCUGGAGCACUGGAUCCGAGCCGGGAUGCUGGUGCCGAGGCUCUCCGACUUCAACGCUGCCCCGCAGUCUGGUUUGAUGGGGAAGUGCCGUCGGCCCCGCACAGCAUUCACCAGCCAGCAGCUCCUGGAGCUGGAGAACCAGUUCAAGCUCAACAAGUACCUGUCCAGACCCAAGCGUUUUGAGGUGGCCACGUCGCUGAUGCUCACUGAGACACAGGUGAAGAUCUGGUUCCAGAACCGCCGCAUGAAGUGGAAGCGGAGCCGCAAGGCCAAGGAGCAGGGGGCUCAGGUGGAGCCUGAGAAGCAACGAGGGCUCAGCAAAACCUGUGAGAAGCUGCUGUCCAGCGAGCCCCAGGGACAAGCUGCCAAAAGCCCCGAGUUCAUGGGGCACAGCCCUGACUCGGGCUUCCUGCACUGCAGCGCCGCCGAGCUGAGCUAUGGCCAGGACUCGUCUUGCUCGGGGGGCGAGGAAGAGGAGGAGGACGAGAUGGGCGCCACAGAGAGGAAGAUUGGCUCUGUGUUGUGAAAGGCGAAUGGAGCCAGCUGGGGAGAGGGGCCAGGCUGUGUUGUGAGGGUUCUCUUUGCUGGCAGACACAGACUGUGCCUGGAAGGAGCAGGGGGCUGCAGGGCACCUGCCACCCUUUAACUUAUGUGUGUUUGGAUCCUAUUUAACUUGUAAUUAUUCCUCUGUGUGUAUCUGGAGGAGUCCCCAGAUCCCUCCCCUAUAAAGCUGUUAUCUGGAUGCCUGUGCUUUUCCUUAGAGGACAGGAAAAUCCCCUGUCCUCCUACUGUGCUGUCCUACCAAGUCUCUGGGGAAAAGGUGGGGAGAGCAGACUUGGAGAGCUGGCAGGCUGCUGGCACAGCUGCAAGAGGGAGACCCAGACGCCUCUUUGGCUGCACUGCCGCUUCCCUGCAGAUCUGACAGUGCCUGGAACAGCACAUGCAGUGUGGUGCCAGCUUGUCCUUCCCCUUGGUGGCAUGAAGAGCUGGCAAGGAUGCCCAGGUUGCAUGCCAGCCUGCCUUGCCUCCUCCUGCACCAGUACAUCCCUGGUAGGGUCUGUGCUUUGCAGGGAAAACUGUCCUGGGAAGCAAAGCUGAUGCUGUUUUCCAUGCUGCAGUUGGCCUGCUUGCAUUGAUGUGGCAUUGUCCCAAAUAAAUGGAGGGGAAGGAGGCAGAAAAGUGCUUAGGCUGUGAAGGCUCAGUGCUGUGGUGAGCUCCCCUUGCCCCAUGGUGAUGCUUAACCUCUCUAGGUUCUUCUCUGGGCUUGUUUCAUUGAGCUCUUGGGAUCUUGCUCACUCUGACUGGGCUGAAGUCAACCCUUGGUAGCAGGAUGGUGACUGACACCCGGUUCCGCUUCCCUGGAAACACUCAACCUUCCCUGGGGUUGAGCACUGACUCCCUGUAAGUCAGCAGGCUGCCCGUGUCCUCACAGGAUGCUGGAGGGUCCUGAAAGAUCUCCCGUGCUUCCUGUGCCUUCCUGGCUCUCUCGCUGGGGAGCUGAGAUGGCCGUGGAGGCAGAGGGGCAGCGCUGCUUCAGCACUGCACCGCACCGGGAGCUGCAGGGGGGAGCGGGCUGGGUGACCCUUCCCAGACAGACCGUGAUGUCCCUCUGUCCCACACCCUGCUGUGCUGUCCCCUCCCCGGCUCUGCUGAGCGUGCAGCGAGGGCUGUGUGCCCCGGGACUUGGG